AUGAGCGGCAGCGGUGGCGGCGACACUUCUGCCGACCCCUCGAUCCUUGUCGUGGAGGCGGCACUCAACGAGUCGUUGGGAAACCAGGGCAGCUGCGGCAAAUGGCGACAGGCAGGGGAAGUGGAAGAGCAGCACCGGCUGCCAACGUCGUCACUGCCACUUCCUCCGCUUGCCGACGGCCGAAUUGCUGCCAGGCGCAGCAGUACCAGCCCUUCGACAAUAGAGGCGGAGGGGGAGGACGAGGGCGGCAGGAGCGCCGCCGACAGACGGUGGGGCGACGGUGGGUUGAACGCCGACAAUAACCACAACGGCGGGUUGGAGAGAAGUGAGGAGGAUGAGGAUGACAUGGCGGAACGUGUCCUGGCGGCCCUGCAGCACAAGGACAUGUUGCUGGAGGAACAGGCUCGGGAGCUGCAGCACCAUGCGAAGGAGGCGACGCAGCUAAGACUGGAAUUAGAUGGAGUUCGGGAGGAAAAGCGGCUUCUCACGCAGCAGCUACGCGGCUUGCUGGGCGGCACCACACACAUUUCCGCCGAGAUGGCAAGGGGCGUUGAGCAGGACGCGCGGCCGUCAGAUUUGUCUAUGCAACCUCAACGCGUGGAUGCACAGCUGCAGAGUGAGGGGGCGGAGCAGCAGCAGGAUGCGAGACUCUUCAUGGAGCACAUUGAUCAACUCAUGGCACAGCUUACGCAGGCACAGCUCGAGGCGAGGGCGCGUGAGACAAGGCACACACAGGAUCUGGAUGUCAUUCAACGCGAAAUGCAGGAGUUCUCCACGCUUGUGGAGGACAUGCACGCGACAAAGGCGGCGCUGCGUCGCACACAGGAGCAGCUUGGAAAGACAAAUGAGGCAAUGACGCAAUGUCAACUGGAACGUGACCGGCUUGUGAGGACGUUGCAGGACACGUUACGUCGCGAAGGGGCUGAGCACCAGCGGGUGCGUGCGGAGGCGCACGCGUCGAGGCGCGAGGCUGCCGCGGCUGAGGCGAAGUGCCACCGCAUAGAGGCCGCGCAGUUGCGGUCCUCAGAGGAGGUAAGGACGCUUCGAAUUGAGAUGCGGCAGCUGGUGGACCAAAAUGCGGCGCUCACGCUGCGGGCAGAGUUGGCUGAGCAGCAGCUGCAGCGUUUCCAGAAGCAGCACGCGGAGGAACGGGCGGCGGCGGCGGCGGCGCAUCAGCAGCUUCAUGCGGAGUUGGAUGCAAAGUUGCAAGAAAUGUCGCAGCUGCGCUCGACACAUGACGCCCAGUCGUAUUUGCUGGCCGAGGAGGAUAAGCGGCAGGCCUCGUUUCAGGCGGAGGUGGAGGAGUGUGUGCAUAGCACCCAGCAGUUGGAGGAAGCAUUUCUGCGCUGCGAGCAGCGGCGUCGCGAGGCGGAGGAGCGCGAGACGCGCGUUUCCGCCGAACGUGACGCACUCCGCACGAAGCUUCAACAGCUCGCCGCCACCAGCCGACGGGAGUUGUUGGAGCAGCAGCAGCUUGCAGAGGAGAUGCGUGGGUUUCACCAGGCGAAGCUACAGCAGCUGCAGCAGGCAGCGGAGCAUCAGCGGCAACGCGCGGAGCGGCUAGAGGAGGCGAACGCGGGGGCCGUGCACGAGUGCUGCACGCUGCAAAGCUCCCUUGACGGCGUGCAGCAGCAGCUGGAAGCGGCCUCUGCGGAGCUGCACGAGCAACGCCUCUCGCAUAGGGCGAUGCUUGCUGCAUCACAGCAGACCCGCGACGAGUGCGUCGCACGCGAGAAGCACGCCGUCGCGCAACUGAGGGAGGUGCAGGGUCGACUGAAGCGGCGCGAGUGUGCGUGGCGGGAGCUGCGGGCUAAAGUGCAGCGGCUGGAGGAGCGUGAGCAACGACGGCACCUCGCAGAGGCGGCCGACACGCUGCUCCGUGCGCGUCAAGAGCGCCACCCGUUACAGCCACAGCGUAAGCGACAGCCGCAGGCGCACCUACACGAUGAGGUUGCUGCGAUGAAUGUCAACACGAUGCACUCCACGGAAACGUCGUUGUCCACGGCGGCGCCUGCACCACUACCGCAGCAGCAGCAGCAGCAGCUGCGCGGGCUCCACCUGGAUGCGUGGCAGGCCAAGAUGAGGGCUUUGGAGUCUCGUAGCGCCAGCCUGAAGAGGCAGCUGGAUUCGAGGCAGAACGGCUACCAUGCGCUUGUGGAGGACCGCAAGGCUCUGCGGCAGCAGAUGCAUGCCCUGCAGGAGCUGGUCCAGAAACAGAUGGGCACGCUGGAACGACAACACCGUGACGCCAUCAAACACCUCGAGGAGGUGCACCGCCGCCGCACGCUUGCCGCCUCUCGUGAAGCAGCAGAUGCGUCCGCCCUCCGCGAGUCCUGCUGCCGGUCCGGCGUCGCGCGAGUGGUGUCGGAGUUGAUGGCGUUUAUUCGAGCACUCGAGGGGCAUGCGGCGUGGCUGAUGCGCCACCGCGCAGGUCUGCGGGAGGCACCCGUCCAGCCUUUGCACGACGGCAAGGAAAACGUUCUGCGGGCUGCAUGUGACGAUAUCACGCGUAACUGUCUUGGAGUGGAGGGGGGAUGGGAGGCGUUGCUGCACCACGCGUCGCAUGCGAAUAGCGCCUGUGGGCGCGCUGGGAGAAACGGCACUUCGCUGACCGUCGCCAUGCGACGCCGCAUUCGGUGUUGCCUAUUUGACUACAUGCAGGCCCAACUCCUCAGAAAGCCUGCGGCCGCAGCAGCAGCAACGACGACGGCGGGGGCUGCAGCGGUGGCCCUGUCUGUGUUCCGCGGGCACGCAAGUAACAAGAAAGGUUUGAACGUCGGAUUUGCCGCUUCCAGUGAUGGCAGUGGCGAUGGCCACGACGACUUUGACGAAGACGAGCCGGAGGGCGGCACGGAGCGGCCUCUCGUGGAGCUUUUGAUGGAGUGCGUGGAGUGCGUAUAUGGUGACGGCACGCUUUAG